CGCGGCUGGCAUCUCCUUCUCUCUAACGAGCUAAUCCAAGCAGAAGGAACUAGCUUCCCAAACACCCCUGGGACCACAGCCACUGGCUCCCACCUCCACCCGCGGGGGCGCGGCCUCUUUAAGGCUCCCGGAAACGGGCUGAUAGUACCGGAAGUGACCCUCUUUAUUUCCCCUCUUCACGUGGUGGGUGCGGGAAGUGACGAGCGCGGCCCGGGAGCUGCGGACGCGGAGGCCGACCGAGCCGGAGUCGCGGACGCCGCGGGGUCUCCGGGACAGGAACCCCUAGUGUUGCUUCCAGAUUCUGUGGUGGUUGCUGGGAUCCUAGCCACAGCUGGUGAAAUGGUGAGACCAGAAGCAGCCACCCUGGAUCUGAAAUCAAAGGAGGAGAAGGAUGCUGAGCUGGACAAGAGGAUUGAGGCUCUUCGGAGGAAGAAUGAGGCCCUCAUCCGGCGCUACCAGGAGAUUGAGGAGGACCGUAAAAAAGCUGAACUCGAGGGUGUAGCAGUGACAGCCCCUCGGAAGGGCCGCUCAGUGGAGAAGGAGAAUGUGGCGGUUGAGGUGGAGAAGAGCAUGGGUCCCUCACGGAGGUCUCCUGGGACCCCUCGGCCCCCAGGGGUCAGCAGGGGCGGGCGGCCCCCUCCCCAGCAGGGAGGCCGGGCAGGCUUGGGCCGGGCAUCCCGCAACUGGGAGGACAGUCCUGGGGAGCCGCCUCGAGGAGGAGCUGGGGGCCGGGGCCGAAGGGGCCGGGGCCGGGGGUCUCCUCAUCUCUCAGGAGCCGGAGACACCUCAACCUCGGACCGCAAAUCCAAGGAGUGGGAGGAGCGGCGGAGACAGAACAUUGAGAAGAUGAACGAGGAGAUGGAGAAGAUUGCCGAGUACGAGCGCAACCAGCGGGAAGGGGUGCUGGAGCCCAACCCAGUGCGGAACUUCCUGGAUGACCCCUGGCGACGCAGCGGGCCCCUGGAGGAGCCAGAGCGGGACCGCCGGGAGGGUAGCCGUCGACAUGGGCGCAACUGGGGGGGCCCUGACUUUGAGAGGGUGCGCUGUGGCUUGGAGCACGAGCGGCAGGGCCGCCGGGCUGGCCCAGGCUGUGCUGGCGACAUGACGCUGUCCAUGACGGGCCGGGAGCGGUCAGAGUACCUGCGCUGGAAACAGGAGAGGGAGAAGAUUGACCAGGAGCGACUACAGCGACACCGCAAGCCCACGGGCCAGUGGCGGCGGGAGUGGGAUGCUGAGAAGACUGAUGGCAUGUUCAAGGAUGGCCCAACCCCUGCCCAUGAACUGUCCCACCGCUAUGAUGAACAGGCCUGGGCCCGGCCUCCCAAACCCCCCACUUUUGGGGAGUUCCUGUCACAGCGUAAAGCUGAGGUCAGCAGCCGCAGAAGGAGAAAGAGCAGCCGACCCCAGGCCAAGGCAGUGCCCCGAGCCUACAGUGACCAUGAUGACCGCUGGGAGACAAAAGAGGAGGCAGUGUCCCCAGCCCCUGAGGCCCCACAGCCCCCGUCCCAGGAGGAGACACCCAUGCAGCCUCCGGAGCCACCUGCUCCUGCCCACCGGCCUCCUGAGGAUGAGGGGGAGGACGAGGAAGAAGAAGAAUGGGAGGAUGUGAGUGAGGAUGUGACUGAGGACGAGGAGGAGGAGGAGGAGGACGAGGAGGAGGAAAUUGAGGACGAGGGCACUGAGGAGCAGGAGGAAGAGCCAGCCCAUGAGCACCAACCCCAAGAGGCCGAGCCCUCUGGUGGUGCCCCCAGCGAGCAGGCCGAGCAGGCGGAGGAGGCAGCGCCUUCCAGGGCUGAGGAUACACUUCCCCAGGCGCCUGCCACGCCCUCCAGCCCCUUCUCACCACCUGGUGGCCACCAGCCUGUGUCAGAUUGGGGUGAGGAGAUGGAGCAGAAUUCUCCCCGGACCACCCACCCUGCUGGUGCCCUCUCUCCGGGAGGUGACCAGCCGGCCUCUGCCUCCCUGGAGAGUGGGCACAGUCUCCCAGGAGCCCAGAAAGCUGAAGAGGAGGGGUCUGAGGCAACACCAGAGGUGGGCCCCGAGGGCCAGGAGACGGCGGAGAUCACGGACUUCCAGAGGGUGCGUUUCUGCAAGGUGGUAGCGGCCGCUCCACCCCCAGGGGCCGCCCGCUGACCGCAUCCGCUGUACCUGGCUGGCAUCGGUCCUCUGCACUAACCUCCCACCGCCUCGCUCCUCUGCUUCUGCCACACUCCCGCCAGGAGAGGGUUAAAUGUAAGGGGGGAGGAGCCAGGGUCACUGUAGAGGGCGGGGCCAGGACAGUAGUGUAAAUUUGGUGAGGAUUCUGUCCAGGCCCUACCCACGGGGAACCUCGUGGGAAGGCCGAGACGCCUCCGAGUUAGCGCCCCCAGGAGGCCGUGCGGGCUAGGUGCCAGCCUCCUGGCCGAAUUUCCCGUCUCCAGGAGCCUACAUCUGGGGCUUGGCAAGUCGCCGGUGACUCCUCCGCAGGACUUCAAUCUCUAGGGCACCGGCCCGUCUCUAUUAAACGCAGUGCUUCCGCUGA